AUGAUCGAUAUAAAUAAUGGAGAUAUAACACAAAAUCAUACAUUUAUUCAAGAAAUGCAUAUUAACGACGAUACAAACAUAACUACAAAUGAUUUCGACAGAAUUGAAGCAAUGAAAGAAAAAUCCAAGAAUGCAGCUCGAAGUCGACGUGAAAAAGAAAAUGCGGAAUUUUUUGAAUUGGCCAAACUUUUACCAUUACCACAUGCAAUUACUGAUCAAUUGGAUAAAGCAUCUGUUAUACGUCUUACAACAAGUUAUCUUAAAAUGCGUGCUAUUGUACCCGAAGGACUCGGCAAUGCAUGGGGUUCACGUUCACUAACUCAAACAGCAAUUGAGCGUGAAGUUAAUUCUCAAUUAACACAAAUCCUUGAUGGAUUUUUAUUUGUUGUUAGUCCUGAUGGUAAAAUCAUGUAUAUAUCUGAAACAGCUUCAACACAUUUAGGUUUAUCACAAGUUGAAUUAACUGGAAAUUCUAUUUAUGAAUAUAUUCAUCCAAUUGAUCAUGAAGAAAUGGCGAAUGUAUUAACAGCACCAUUACCAACUUACAGUCAAACAUUAUGUGCAAAUGGUGAAUAUGAAAUAGAACGUUCAUUUUUUAUACGUAUGAAAUGUGUUUUGGCUAAACGUAAUGCUGGUUUAACUACAAAUGGAUUUAAAGUUAUACAUUGUUCGGGUUAUUUAAAAAUUAAACAAUUUAAUUUUGAUACAAUAUCAUGUUAUGGUUCAACAAAUAAUAUGAAUAAUACAGAAAAUUGUUAUCAAAAUGUUGGUCUUAUUGCAUAUGGUUAUUCAUUACCAAGUUGUUCAAUAACUGAAAUACGUCUUUUUUCGAAUAUGUUUAUGUUUCGUGCUGGUCAAGAUUUUAAAUUAUUAUUUCUUGAUUCAAGAGUAUCACAAAUAACUGGAUAUGAACCACAAGAUCUUGUUGAUAGAACUUUGUAUCAUUAUGUACACACACAAGAUUUAAUGGCAUUAAGAUGGGCACAUCAAGUUUUGCUAACUAAAGGACAAGUAACCACUCGAUAUUAUCGUUUUUUAACAAGAAAUGGUGGUUGGAUAUGGAUGCAAAGUUAUGCAACUCUUGUUCAUAAUAGUCGAUCAUCACGUCCAGAAGUCAUUGUUAGUGUUAAUCAUGCAUUAAGUGAUGUCGAAGCUAAACAUUUAAAUUUAUCGAUUGAUCAAGUUGAAAAAACUCCAUCAGAUUAUAUACGUUCAGCUCAAGCAUUAGCAACAUUAACAGCUAAUUCAGUUGAAAACGAUAAAUGUCCAACAGCAAAUACAAGUUUAAAUUCUUCAGCAUCAUCAAUAUCACAUCGAAAUUGUACAAAUAAAAUUCUUAAAACAAAAUGUUCAAUAAAACAACGUAAAUCAUCACCAAAAUUAUUAACUAAAAAUGAAAUUCUACCAUCACCAACAAUAUUAACUGAUGGUUAUUCAUCAAUACCAGCAAAUACAUGUUAUCCACAUGAUGAUAUUUAUUAUAAUUCUCAUCAUCCUCCUCCUCAAACAAAUUAUUCAAAUUUUCCUCCUUAUCCAUCUUCAACUACAUAUACAAAUCCAACUUGUUUUUCAACAUAUUCAAAUCCCGAUGAUGAUAAUAAUAAAUCCUCUUCAUUACCCAUCUAUAAUUCAAUGUACUAUGAUCAACAAUCAAAUGAUUAUCAUGCAUCAACGAAAAUGAUUCCUUCGAAACAACAACAACAACAACAACCAUCACAUCAAAUAAUUUUAGAUAAAAAGAAACAAAUUGCACAAACUCCAUUAAUACAACAACAUAUUAAACAAGAUUCAUCAGGUGAAACAUUAUCAUUGUGUAGUGUAAAUAAUAAACGAAUACGUCUUGAUAAUGAAUCUAUUCCUCAUCAUCAUCAUCAUCAUUUAUCUAAUAUUGAUUAUGAAACAAAUUUACCGUCCGAUAAAAUAGAUUUCUAUCCACCAACAAAUAAUUGUUAUGUAUCAACAAAUUAUCCAACAGAACAUCCUUAUCAUCAUACGUCGGUGAUUGUCGACAGUCAACAGUAUUUUUUGAAUGGAUGGAAUGGAGCUACUGCUUUCUAA